AAAACUGUUCGAAGGCAGACUGAGGAGGGGUGUUUGACACACUCUGCUCCGUCUGACUCCCCUUCUUUUCCUUUUCAAACACUGUUAAAGUCUUGCCCGACCCUCCCGCGACGUUAUUUUGUUCCCCCUUUUCCAUCCUUCUUGGUUCGUUUCGUCUUUUUUAUCAGUGGCAAACAAGAAGAUACAACAGAGGUCUAGUGAGCGCGCGGGGGUGGUGGUGAAACGGUCGCAAACAAGACCUCGCUCUUCAUUAUCGUCUCUUUCCUUCUAUUUGUGUUACGUGUAUUGCUCAACGACUCGCCGAGAAUGAGACGAUAUUUCAACAGCAACAACAUUGAAUAAGAGUGCUGUCUACAGUCGUCGAGAAAUCGAGAACCAUGUCAGCCGAAGGCGGAAGGAGCAGCAGCACUAGGCAUGCAGUUCAUGAAUUGACACGGCAGUUCGGUCGGGAACCGACAAAUUCUCCCGUUAGCGGCCCGUUGGCCAAUCUUAUCCAUCAGAAAUCACUGCCUAAAAUCCUAUCUCACAUUGCCAAGACGCCGCCAGUGACAGCGCCGCCGGACGUGGAGAACGUCAACCAUUCCUUCAUCCCAACAGGCAACGGUGGAGUUGUGAAACCGUAUCCGGCAGAUCCGGAUGACACUAAAACACAGGAAGUCAUGGUAGAUCAAACAUCUGCAUCCGAGUCGGAGUCGGAUGAAUCCCCACCAAAUCCAGUUACGAGCAUCGCUCAGAUUCGGCCAACGCUCCGUCAAUCGGUUCAACCGUCCAAAAUAGAAUCAUCGGAAUACGUCAUUGGAUUGGAUCAAAUACAAGAACAAGUACGACGACUAGCCCUCCGACGAGGAUUCACGCUAAACAUCAUGGUCGUGGGGCGCAGCGGCCUGGGCAAGUCGACGCUCAUCAACACCUUGUUCCGUUCCUCUGUACUUCCUCGUACAUGCACCGCCUCGGGAUCUGAACCUGCCAAAACAACAGAAAUACGUACAACGCAAACAGCCAUCCACGAAAAUGGGGUUCGACUUGAUCUGACCGUGACGGACACACCCGGCUUUGGUGAUCGCAUCGACAACACGAAUUGCUGGGAGCCGGCCUUAGAAUACAUAAACGAACAGUAUGAAAAAUACUUGAUCGAGGAGCAGAGUGCCGAGAGAACGCGCUGGAUUCACGACACCAGAGUGCAUUGUUGCCUAUAUUUUAUACCGCCUACAGGCCAUGGAUUGCGCCCGUUGGAUCUUGAAGUGCUUCAACGGCUACAUAACGUGGUCAACAUUAUUCCAGUCAUUGCCAAAGCAGAUACUCUGACCCUUGAGGAAAGGCAAGAAUUUAAAAAGAACAUACAACUCGACUUGGCUCAACACCGGAUUGACGUGUAUCCCUUUGCAAAAUACGAUCACCCAGAUGAUUUUGCUGUCAACGAAUCGUAUAGAAAAAUGGUUCCUUUUGCGGUUGUUGGUAGUGAACAAGUCCAUAACGUAAUGGGUCAAAUGGUGCUAGGACGACAAAACGGCUGGGGCCUCGUUCAGGUAGAGGACCCAGGCCAUUGUGAGUUUCACCACUUGAGAAAUCUUCUGAUCAGAAAUCGCAUGCAAGAUUUGAUUGAAUUAACUUCCGCCAUCCACUACGAGGCUUUCCGUCGACGCCGCUUGAUGGAAACAAACGGCACCAUGAUUGAUAUGUGUUCUCUCAAUGAGAGUCACAUUUAAUGCACCCAAUUUUAACAAACAAAUAAUAAUUUCUACUUCUUUUUUCCCUAGUGUGUUUGAGAUGGAUGAGAGUUUUUGACCAGUAUAAAAAUAAGACGCUGCGAAU